AACAACAUAAAUUUCCAUAAGCACAUCAACAAGACCAUCCCCAAAAAAAUAUAAACAAAAUGUCAGAUCUAGAAAAUGAUAAUAAAAAAAAUGCAUCACCAGAGCCAACUCGAAUAUCAUGUUGUCAAGAUUUAACUUCAUAUUUUGGAAAUAGUGAUCACAGUAUCAACAAGUUUCAUCAAACCAAAGUUCCAGUUAUUUGUAAAAAUGAACCAUGUCAAUUGGGAGUUGAUGAGGCAGGUCGUGGACCAGUACUGGGUCCAAUGUUGUAUGGUAUAGCUUAUGCACCACUGUCAAAAAAAGAUUUACUUGUUGAGCUUGGUUGUGCUGAUUCAAAAACCCUUACUGAAAAAGAACGUGAUGAAAUUUUUGAUAAAAUAUGUGAUAAACAUGAAGAUAUUGGAUGGAUUGUUGAGGCAAUAUCACCAAAUGUCAUUGCAAAUAGUAUGUACAGACGUAGCAAAUGUUCUCUCAAUGAGGUAUCAAAAAAUUCAGCAGUUGGCAUGAUUAAAAUGGCACUUGAAGCUGGUGUUAAUGUUCAUGAAGUAUAUGUUGAUACUGUUGGUAAACCAGAAAAAUAUCAAGAUUAUUUAAAACAAAUAUUUCCAGAAAUAACAAAAAUUGUUGUUGCUAAAAAAGCUGAUUCAACUUAUCCAAUUGUAUCUGCUGCAAGUAUAUGUGCCAAGGUAUCAAGAGAUCAUGCAUUAAAAGCUUGGGAAUUUCGUGAAGAUGGUAUUGAGGGUGAAUAUGGAAGUGGAUAUCCAAAUGAUCCAGCUACCAAAAAAUGGCUAACUGAUAAUGUUGAUAAUGUUUUUGGUUUUCCUCAACUUGUUAGAUUUAGCUGGUCAACUGCUGAAGUUAUAUUAAAAAAACAUGCACUUGCUGUUGAAUGGGAAGAUGAAGAAGAUGAAAAUGUUCCAAAAAAACAAAAAAAAAUGACUAAUUUUUUUUCACCAACAAAUAGUGCUGGUAAAAUUGUCAAACAAAAACAUGAAUUUUUUAAAAAUAGCUGUCUUGUUGCAACAACAGAUUUAUAA